UGCCCCCUUGCUCUGUCCUUUUCUCUUUUGCUCUCAGUUCGGAAUCAUUAGUAAUUUCAUGUUGUUUAUAUUGAUUAUGUAUCUUAAUUUUAAAAGGAAGUAUCUAAAUGGAUGUUUUUGUUUCUAGGGAAUCAGAGGCAAUUAUUCCAAACAUCUUUUUCUUCCUGGUAUUACUGUCUUACGAACGCUAUCAUUCAAAACAGAUCAUUGGAAUUCCUAAAAUCAUUCAGCUCUGUGAUGGCAUCAUGGCCAGUGGGAGGAAGGCUGUGACACAUGCCAUACCAGCUCUGCAGCCGAUAGUCCACGACCUCUUUGUCCUGAGAGGAACCAAUAAAGCCGACGCAGGAAAAGAGCUUGAAACCCAGAAAGAGGUGGUGGUGUCGAUGCUGCUGAGACUCAUCCAGUACCAUCAGGUGUUGGAGAUGUUCAUCCUGGUCCUGCAGCAGUGCCACAAGGAGAACGAAGACAAGUGGAAGCGACUGUCUCGGCAGAUAGCCGACGUCAUCCUCCCGAUGUUAGCCAAGCAGCAGAUGCACAUUGAUUCUCAUGAAGCCCUUGGAGUGUUAAAUACUUUAUUUGAGAUUCUGGCCCCUUCCUCCCUCCGUCCCGUGGACAUGCUUUUACGGAGUAUGUUUGUCACUCCAGAUACAAUGGCAUCUGUGAGCACUGUUCAACUGUGGAUCUCAGGAAUCCUGGCCAUUUUGAGGGUUCUCAUUUCCCAGUCAACUGAAGAUAUUGUUCUUUCUCGUAUUCAGGAGCUCUCCUUCUCCCCAUAUUUAAUCUCCUGUCCAAUAAUUGAUAGGUUAAGAGAUGGGGACAGUACUUCAACACCGGAAGAACACAACGAAGGGAGACAAAUCAAGAGUUUGCCAGAGGAAACAUUUUCAAGGUUUCUACUACAACUAGUUGGCAUUCUUUUGGAGGAUAUUGUUACAAAACAGCUAAAAGUGGAAAUGAGUGAACAGCAACAUACUUUCUAUUGUCAAGAACUAGGCACGCUGCUAAUGUGUCUGAUCCACAUCUUCAAGUCUGGAAUGUUCCGGAGAAUCACGGCGGCUGCCUCGAGACUCUUCGCGGCGGACUAUGCCGACGGCACUUUCUAUGACCUGGAGAGGCUGAAUGCGCGCGUGCGCACCAUGCUGCCCACGCACCCAGCGCUCGUGCUGCUCUGGUGCCAGAUCCUGCUGCUCGUCAGCCACACCGACUACCGCUGGUGGGCAGAGGUGCAGCAGACCCCCAGGAGACGCAGUCUGUCCAGUACGAAGUCACUCAGCCCCCAGAUGCCUGGAGAGGAGGAGGACCCUGAUGCAGCCUGCAAGCUUGGGGUGUGCAAUAGAGAAAUAGUGCGAAGGGGAGCGCUCAUUCUCUUCUGCGAUUAUGUCUGUCAGAACCUACACGAUUCAGAGCACCUAACAUGGCUCAUUGUGAAUCACAUCCAGGACCUGAUCAAUCUAUCCCACGAGCCCCCCGUGCAGGAUUUUAUCAGUGCUGUUCAUCGGAACUCCGCUGCCAGUGGCCUCUUCAUCCAGGCGAUUCAGUCUCGUUGUGAAAACCUUUCAACCCCUACCACCCUGAAGAAGACGCUUCAGUGCUUAGAAGGGAUCCACCUCAGCCAGUCGGGCGCUGUGUUAAUACUGUAUGUGGACAAGCUUUUGUGCACUCCGUUCCGUGUGCUGGCUCGCAUGGUCGACACUCUAGCCUGUCGCCGGGUGGAAAUGCUUCUGGCUGCAAAUUUACAGAGCAGCACGGCCCAGCUGCCAGUGGAGGAGCUCAGCAGGAUCCAGGAAUACCUUCAGAGCAGCGGCCUGGCUCACAGACACCAGAGGCUCUACUCCCUGCUGGACAGGCUUCGUCUCGCCACUGCACCCGGCUCACGUGGCCCUUCUCCUCCGGUCACGUCCCACCCGCUGGACGGGGAUGGGCCCCUGGCACUGGAGACCGUGAUUCCAGACAAAGACUGGUACCUACGUCUAGUCAAAUCCCAGUGCUGGACUAGGUCAGAUUCUGCGCUGCUGGAAGGGGCAGAACUGGUGAAUCGGAUUCCUCCCAGUGACAUGAGUACAUUCAUGAUGAACUCGGAAUUCAACUUAAGCCUGUUGGCCCCAUGCCUGGGCCUGGGCAUGCGCGAAAUCUCCGGAGGCCAGAGGAGUCCCCUUUUUGAAGCAGCUCGCCUGGCCACUCUGGACCGUGUGAGCGGCCUGGUUCAGCAGCUCCCUGCCACCCACCACGUUUUCCAGCCGUUCUUGCCUGUGGAGCCCACUGCCUACUGGAACAAGUUGAAUGAUCUAUUUGGGGAUGCUGUGUUGUAUCGGUCCUUGACCACUCUGGCCCGGGCCCUGGCCCAGUACCUGCUUGUGUUCUCCAAGCUGCCCAGCCAUUUGCACCUCCCUCCUGAGAAGGAGAGGGACACUGUGAAAUUUGUGGUCAUGACUCUCGAGGCCCUGGCGUGGCAUUUGAUCCAUGAGCAGAUCCCACUGAGUCUGGACCUACAGGCCGGCCUGGACUGCUGUUGCCUGGCCCUGCAGCUGCCCAGCCUCUGGAGCGUGCUAUCCUCCCCAGAGAUGGUCACCCAUGCCUGCUCUCUCAUUCACUGUGUCCGCUUCGUCCUGGAAGCCGUUGUGGUGCAGCCUGGGGAUCAGCUUCUUAGUCCAGAAAGAAGGAUGAACACCACAAAGGCUUCCAGAGAGGAUGAAGUAGAUUCAAACACACAAAAUUUGAGAGCAAUUUGAGUACGUCACCUCACGUGUGCUGUCUCUCCUGCGAGCACGCUGGGUCUCUUCAUCUGGCUUUCUUUGGCCCACCAAACUCGGCUGGGGCGUCACACUCCCGGGAGCCCUCCCGACGCCCCUCUUGUCACAGCUGCUCCUCCACCCUAGUGCUUCCUGCUCUAGGCCUCUCACCUAGACUCAGCCCCCUG